AUGCCUGGUGUUAAUCGUACUCAUGGGUUUUACGUUUUAGUCAUGGUCAUCGGAUGGGUAUUACCUCCAGUGGCUGUUUUACUCAGAUUCGGUUUUGGAUUUGACUUUUUUUUAAACAUCUUACUUACCAUUGCUGGUUACAUACCUGGUCAUGGUCACAACUUUUAUCUUCAAAACAUACGUAAUAAUACGAAUCGUAAACGAACACCAGCAUGGGCUACCAAAGCAGGUUUAAUCAAAGAUCCCGGAGUCAAACGAAAACAAAAAACCCAAUGGGCCAAUCGAUAUGACGAAAGAACGCCCACAAGAGCCGAUGGAUAUCAAGACGAAGAUCAACCCGUUCAUCAUUCUAAUUCAUCAUCAUCUCUUUCUAAUCAAACUCAAUCACUAGAAGCAAGAGAUUUAGAUCGAGAACCUUCUGGAUCUGGACAUCAUCAUUCACUUAGAAGAUCUUCGACUGACCUUGAACCUAGACGUCGUGUUUCUAGAGAAUCGUUUUAUUCUAAUUCAAAUAAUACAGAUGAUUUAACAAAUCGGAACCAUACAUCUCAUUCUAGUAGACCUUUACAUCGGUCUUUGAGUUCUAGAAUUAUGAGAGGACUAGGUGGAAACAAAUCGCCUAAGAAAGAUAGGUAA